AUGCAGCUGCCGCCGGUGCCUCCCCACCGUCCCCGAGCCCGCCGACGGCGGCCGCUGCGGGCCUUGGAGUGCGUGUUGCUGGGCGACGGCGCGGUGGGCAAGACCAGCCUGGCGCUCAGCUACAGCACCAACGGCUUUCCCACGCGCUACGUGCCCACGGCCCUCGACCGCUUCUCCGCUGUGGUCCAGGUGGACGACGCCCCCAUCCGUCUCCAGCUGUGCGACACGGCCGGGCAGGAGGGAUUUGACGCCUUGUGGCAGGCCUGCUGCCCGAAGGCCGACAUCUGCUUGCUCUGCUUCAGUGUGGUGGCUCCCACCUCCUUCCGGAACAUUGUGGACAAGUGGCAUCCGGAGGUGUGUCGCCACUGCCCUUCCACCCCGGUGCUGCUGGUGGGGACCCAGGCAGACCUGCGCCAGGACGUCAAGGUGCUGAUUGCCCUCUCCCAGCGCCAGGAGAAGCCGGUGCCUCCUACAGCCGGCCGCUCUCUGGCCAGGAAGCUGGGCAUGGCUGGCUACGUGGAGUGCUCGGCCCUCACCCAACAGAAUCUGAAGGAAGUCUUUGACACCGCUAUUGUGUUGGGGCUGCGGGCCGGUGAGGGCCCCAAGGGGCAGAGGGCCCCCCCCAGCUGCAUCUGGGCCCUCUCCAAAGACUGGUGGAACAAAUACGUUUGUGUGCGGUAGCCUUGGGGACAGCAUCCUGCGCCCCCCGCCCCAGGGAUGGGGCCUGGCGCUGGCAUCCUUCAUGAACUGGUCCAUUCUGGUGCACUGCUCCUGGGUCGGGGGCCCAGAAGCCCAGGGCUGUGCCCUCCCUGAAGCAUAAUGCCUCUCCCUGCCUGCCGUCUGUGGCAAAAGCCUCAAGCGGGGGAGGGCUGCCUUUGCAGGACAGGACUCACCAGGGUUCUUUCCAAGUGCCGAGGGAAGGACAGAUUCUCUCUUGCUGAGCACAACAAAGGGGAAAAAAACAGCCCUUCAACGGUCCUUCAAGGGCAGAACAGACCGGAGCACCUGCCAUCGUCAACAUCCCAAAUGGUGGUGCAAAGCUUUGAUCGAGGAGUUGAUUUUAUUGUAAACAGAAAUGCAUAAUCCAAUAGUUUGAUUUUGAGAAGUGAAAUGACAUGCUUUAAAAAAUAUGGUUAACAAAAUGCUUCAGAGAAGAGUGUUGACUGGAUUUUUUUUUUAUAAAUCACAUGUGUUGCUAAUCCCAGCCUCUCUUUAUCCUCCUGGUCUUCCAACUUUAGUCGCUGCAGCCCCACAGAUUGACAGGAGUGCCCAGUGUCAGCUGAUCACCCUGCCCAAAUAUUUGUUUGGAAGUAGGUUUGAGCUGGUGUGUUUGCGUUCCCCUAGUCUUUCUGCACUCAAUAUUUUUUCCUUCUGCAUUUUCUUUGCAACCACAUUAUGUUUAAAUGUAUUUUCCCCUAAAGAGAGUAUUUGGGACACUCUUCCUUGAACCCCCAGGUGUAGGUAUUCUGUGAGAAGGACAAGGUCCUUGGUGCUCUCUGAGCCUGCUUGUUUUCUUGCAGACAUUUCAUUAUUCAAACCAGGUAACGUCAUCAUCGUCAGUGCUAGUAAAGAAGAGCUUUCUGCACAUAGCAGAAGCACUGAAAAAUUACCUCUGUGGCCUGGGGAGCAUCGGGCGCUUUGCAAGGUGUAAUGGGGUUUGUGAGGUUAAUAUUAACU